UAUACUCAGUUCCAUUGAAAGCUCUUCUGAUUAAAACAGAAAAUCCACCACCGUACCGCUCUUGUAAACGACCUCGAAUAAUGGCCGAAAAUAUCCUCGGUCUCCUUCUCGUCACUUCCUCUUCUCGCGGACGUCACGUUUUUCGCUAUCCUCCUGACCCGGCCUCUCCCAAUGUCCGUCUUGCCCAGCCUAUCUAUCCAUCUGCGACCUUCACAGCGACAGAAGCAGAUGUCGAGUACAAACAUCCACGUGCAGGUGGAGUUGGCAUGAGAAGGCGGCCAUUCGAUGAUCGAUCUUCGAAUGCUUCUAUAAGACGGUCAUUAUUUGGUCCGUCUACUCGAGGAAGUAGCAAGAACGAAAGGGAUCGGAAGGGGAAGAAGAAAGCGGAUGACCUGAGAGCGAGGUAUAUGAACCCUCUGGCGGAAGCUAAUGGGUCAGAUUAUGAAGAUGAGGAUUCUGAGCAGGACGAUUCAAGUUCUGAUGAACGAAGUGAUUUCGAGGUCAUGUGGAAACCGGGCACGACAAACGGCGCCAAUGACGCUACUGGUACCGGCCUUGCAAAAGUUGCCCAUCGUCAAACUAAUGGCGAAGACGAUCCAAGAGCAUCAGGUGUGCGUAAUCUCGACCCAUCACUAAUAGAUCUAUCAAGGCGAGGCUCGUCAAGUACCACUACGGCCACUGUUACCGGUGCCGAUCGCAAUAAUGACCAUGCGGACAAAGAUGCGAAAAAAUUAGCUAUCGAAUCGCAAUACAAUUACGCUUUGGGAUGGCCGCUUGAAGUUUUGGCCGAUAUGCUGACGCCUCCAAGAUCGGCGUGUAACCGGCGAUUCGAGCUUUGCGUUGGUAAUGUUGUCUUUCUGGGACAUCCAGUAUGUGCCACCCCGGAUGGGAAAUGGGAAGCGCCCCCGGAUGAAGAUGAGCUGGAAGAAAGAGCACCUUCUAGGGGAAGGCGGAUGAGGGACCAAGGAGGAACGAUGACCAAUCUCGAUACUGUCGAUGAAGGGAUCGAAGCUUAUACUUCUGCCAUCACAAAGUUUGCGAGUAUCGAGUCGGAAACAAAGCGUUCAAGUCAAUCCAACCACAAGGAUGACGAUGUUCCCAACUUGACAAUGUUUCAUCUCGUCCUCAUCAUUGAUAAACCUGAUCCCAAACCCGGGACAGAAUCACAUGAUGAGCAUCAUAGCCAAACAAUGGGCAUCUAUGAUGAGAUCUAUAGGGAGAUUGCAUUUAAAUGGACAGCAGCUGCAUAUAAUCUGCAAUGCGAGAGUAAUUUGGUAGCGAGAGAAGCCUGGAUGAUCGUCAAGUACAAGGAGAAAUGCUUGAAUGAAGGGAUUGGAAUUACCGAGUGCUGUCGUUGGACAGCAACACAUUGCCACAUUGACCGCACCCUCAACUACCUCUACCUCCGUCUUCACCAACUUCGUACCCAGCCAGCUAACGGUCUCCACUCUUACCUCCCUACCACCAUCACCAACCGUCUGGCACAUAUCACCAUCCAAACCGUCUUAUCUCCCAAGCCCGUUAACACGGACGAAGCUUGGGCGCAUUGGGGAGAGAUGGAAGAGAUGCUGAGUGACAAGGAUAGCGAAGAAUCGUUGAGCGAUUGGGAAGAUGAUUGGGGAGCGGGAGCCAUGAUGGGGAUGAAGAGGCCAGAGUUGAUCGUGAAACCCUGGCAGACAUUGUUACUGAUUGAUGAGGAUAAAAAUCAGAACCAAGAAGCGUUGUUCUUUGGCAUUGUAGGCUUACCGGCGGCGGUCGAUGAUGAUGAUGCUGUGAACAACUGGACGAAUGGCAGGAAAUCUCCUGUGAGGAAUAGGACGAGGAGAGGGUCAAAGAUCACUGCUGAGGAUGAUGCAAUUGAGGAUGGUGAGACAGUGUUGCGAAGAACUCUGAUUGAAGCUUGCGACGUCACCAAGCCAUUGUAUGAGAUUGCCCAUUUACUGCGAUACGAUCUUGAAGGCGUUGUCAUCCCGCUUGCCAGAGACCUUGUUCAAUCCAAAAAAGCCAUCCUCAUUGACGUCGUCAACCCCCGUCUCCGUACAGUUGUCAUGCCCACCACCAUCGACGAACAUAACUCUUCUUUCGACCAGUACACCGCCCGUUUCGCCCGAGAUUUCCCAGACUUGCCCCCUUUCCCGAGGUUCAUCUCAGCCAUCUCCCUCUCCCCCAUCCCAUUCCGAAAGGUGAUUCCCAACCCUGAUCCGGAUCAUGCUACUAGGGAAAAAUACAUGUCUGCUCUUCUGUGGUUGCUCAAACAAGACCUUGUCGUACAAGUGCAUACUCGUGCGAGGGUAUUCGCCAAAUCGGAGAUUAAAGUGGAAGCUUGGAAGAGAUUAUGGUAUAGGCGAAGACAGAGGUGGAUAGAGAUGACAAAGGAAAGAUUAGAAAGAGAAAAGACGCUGGCUCGAUCACCCAGCGAUCAAUCGGAUAUCCUCACUCCGCGAGCAAGCGAGAAUCAUACCAACCCUCUUGACGCUACCAGCUUCUCUUCACUCGGGACUACCCCCAUCGCCAACACAUUUACCGUACCCCCUCCUAACAGUAGCAGCAAGCUCGACCACUCAUAUAUGGAUUACGAUCCAGCUCUGGAGAUGGACAGUGAUGAAGAAUUUGAUGGGCUUAAUGGGCCGCAAAAGUUUUCCUUGGAUGUAGCGCAUCCGACGAAACAUGAGAUACCCAACUUUGAACCAUCGUUCAUCUUCAAACCCGCCAGGGCACAGAAGGAUGAGGCGAGGUGGUUAAGGGUGAUUAGGGAAAAGGCAGACGAGGUAUGGGCAAGCAAAUUUGAUCUGUGUGUACAGUAUUUUGACGGGGUAACGACAUUCGAAGAGAUAACAUAUCGGACUGGAUUGCAAAGGAAGGAAUUGGAGAAGAUCUUACAGUUGUAUAAUGGUGAUGUCGUCACAUUUGUCCAUCCUUGAUAUACAAUAACAUUUUUGGGUCUGCACCGUUAUGCACCACACCAUCUUAUCAGAAAGAGACGAAGGCUGAGCUUGUUCUUUACGUUUUGUCUCGCUGAAACUGAGACCGACGAAGAAAGGGACGGAUGCCUGAAAAGAACGUAAUAGUCAACCCAUCUGAAUAACUUCAAGGAGCUUUCUGCAAUUACAAGGAAACUACAACGGGCAUAAUAAUAAUUAUCUUUUUUUCUAUUUUUUCUUUUUCAUUGCUAAGAACGACCGAGCUCUCUUCCUGGUUGGAAGUUGCACGUACAAUUUUAAUCCAAGAUACAAGGUACUUAUAUAUCAUCAAUAACCUUACAAAGUCCGAUUUGUUGCAAACACGGCCAGGUCACGAUCCUAAUUAUCCGAUGGCGCAGCCUCGACAGGUGUCAACACCGCCGAAAGGCCGGCAAACUAUCAGUCAUUUACAAUAGCAUUGCUGUCCGGAGGUCGACGAGGACUGUACAGCCCACUACCGCGUGACGGGUGCGAGAGUCAUAGCCUGCUGGAUGGUACCCGACAGGACACUCGAUCAGCUUUCAAAAGACGCUGAGGAGGGUUAUCAGCGACUGUACAAACUGAUCACAGGUAAUAAACACUUUUGACUGCGAGAGUAUCUACGAAGGUGACGGCGGUACCUGGAAAAAUGUGCAGAGCACAGUAACGGCUACAUUGCUCAUUGCCGCCGAUGAAGAUGGUUCUGCUGUUACUGGGGACCGGUACGCUUUCAGAAAAAGACAUAAAACUGGCGAUAUAAUGUAGUGAAUACGAGUACGAGUGCUGCAGAUGUUCAGUCAUAUCUGAGGGAUGAAGGCAUGGCUAGAGGAGGCGGCAAGAAUAUUUGUCAGCAUACUUAGCAGUCGCCCAGUAGUUGAAACAAGUAGUGGAAGCAGUGUUAGUAGUACUUAGCAUUCCCACUUUUGAAGUCGGAGUACCCGAUGCAGUACUAAACGUCAGCUUUAUAUGGUGUCAACCUCAACAGUCAAAUUAUUACUUUCAG